AGGGACUGGUUUGGCUCACACCAGGCGCCCAGAGGCCGGAGGUUCGUGCGCCCGGCUGCGGCCCCCGGCCCGGGCCCAGCCCCGCGCCCCUCGCCAUGGGCCUGGCCCUUCUAGUCCACGGGCCCUGAGCAUGGAGCGGGGCUGGCCGCCGCCGGGGGACAGCUGCAGAGGGGAGCGGCCCGCAGCCUGCCUCCGCGCCCAGAGCGUCAGCGAAGCUCUGGAACUGCACAGUGCCCUGGCCAGUUGUCCCGCCGCCACCCUGCAGGCCGCCCUGUGCGCCGCGCGUGACCAGCCAGCCCGGCCACGGAGCGUGUGCUCGCCCGGCCCGGGGCCUGCGCCCCCUGGGGCCCGUGGCCUGCUGCUCGGCCUCCUGCGCCCUCGCCUUGGGCGGCGGAGCUCCGCGUCCUCGGGGCAGCCUGGCUCCUCCGCGCCUAGCCCCGUGCUGGCUCGGCGCAUCCGCUCCCCUGGAGAGCCAGCGCCGCGUCCCCGGCCCACCAGCAUGACGUUCCUGGAGGUGAACCGUCUGGAGCUGGCAGCCGCUGAAGCAUCCCCCAGCGCGGGCACGGGGACGGGCGUGGGGCUCGGACGCGCGGGCAGCUCGGGCUUUCUGCGCGGUGCGUCGCUCUGGAGCAGCCAGCGGUGGCAGGUGUUCCGCGGGGCGCGCGGCGCUGACAGCCCCCGGCGCGGCCUGUCUGCGCUCAGAAAGAGCUUCAGCUUCCGCCUGCGCCGCAGCCAGGAAAUCCGGCGCUCGGAGUCGGGGCUGCUGGCCCGGCCACCCCGCGCACGCACCCGCAGCGAUGGCGAUACCAGCUCCCUGGGCGCCUUCUCUAGCCGCCGCGACCUGCUGGGUGCCGAGGCCCCGCGCGCCACGCCCGAGCCCGGUCGCCCCCGCGCCGCCGCCAGCCUCUGGAGGCUGCUCACCAGCCGCUUCCGCCGGAGGGAGCCCGCGUCCCCAUGGGGCAUCCGCGACCAGGGGCUGCGGGGCGCGCGGAGCGACUCAUUUGUGAACAGCCAGGAGUGGACCCUAAGCCGCUCGGUGCCAGAGCUUAAAGUGGGCAUAGUGGGGAACCUGUCCAGUGGGAAGUCAGCUCUGGUGCACCGCUAUCUCACGGGAACUUACGUCCAAGAGGAGUCUCCAGAAGGUGGUCGGUUUAAGAAGGAGAUUGUUGUAGACGGCCAGAGUUACCUGCUGCUGAUUCGAGACGAAGGAGGCCCCCCAGAGCUCCAGUUUGCAGCGUGGGUAGAUGCCGUGGUGUUUGUGUUCAGCCUGGAGGAUGAGAUCAGCUUCCAGACGGUAUACAACUACUUCCUGCGGCUCUGCAGUUUCCGCAACGCCAGCGAGGUGCCCAUGGUGCUGGUGGGCACACAGGAUGCUAUCAGUGCUGCCAACCCCCGGGUUAUUGAUGACAGCAGGGCCCGCAAACUGUCCACGGACCUGAAACGUUGCACCUACUACGAGACGUGCGCGACCUACGGGCUCAACGUGGAGCGAGUCUUCCAGGACGUGGCCCAGAAAGUGGUGGCCUUGCGGAAGAAACAGCAGCUGGCCAUUGGGCCCUGCAAGUCUCUGCCCAACUCACCCAGCCACUCAGCCGUGUCCACCGCCUCCAUCCCGGCCGUGCACAUCAACCAGGCCACGAAUGGGGGCAGCAGCGCCUUCAGCGACUACUCCUCCUCGGUUCCCUCCACCCCCAGUAUCAGCCAGCGGGAGCUGCGCAUCGAGACCAUCGCGGCUGCCUCCACCCCCACACCCAUCCGCAAGCAGUCCAAGCGGCGCUCCAACAUCUUCACGUCUCGCAAGGGGGCUGACCUGGACCGGGACAAGAAGGCUGCCGAGGGCAAGGUGGACAGCAUCGGGAGCGGUCGGGCCAUCCCAAUCAAGCAGGGGAUCUUGCUGAAGCGGAGCGGCAAGUCUCUGAACAAGGAGUGGAAGAAGAAGUACGUGACUCUGUGUGACAAUGGACUGCUCACCUACCACCCCAGCUUGCACGAUUACAUGCAGAACAUCCACGGCAAGGAGAUUGACCUGCUGCGGACGACGGUGAAGGUGCCCGGGAAGCGUCUGCCUCGAGCCACCCCAUCCACAGCCCCGGGCACCAGCCCGAGAGCCAAUGGGCUGCCCAUGGAACGGAGCAACACGCAGCUGGGUGGGGGCCCAGGUGCCCCCCACUCGGCCAGCAGCGCGUCCCUGCACUCCGAACACACCCUGGGCAACCCGGCCUGGGCAGGCCCCAGCCCUGAGGGGCCGCACCAGCGCUCUUGCUCUGUCUCCAGCGCCGACCAGUGGAGCACGCAGCACCCCGCGGGUGGCACGGCUGACGAGCUCAGCUCCAGCCCCAAGCUGGAGCCUCCCCCAUCUCCCCACUCCAACCGGAAGAAGCACCGUUGGAAAAAGAGCGCCGGGAACCCCCGACCAGACGGCCCCAGCAGUGCUGCCGAAGAGGCGGAAGAGUCCUUCGAGUUUGUGGUGGUGUCCCUCACCGGGCAGACGUGGCACUUCGAGGCCUCGACAGCGGAGGAGCGGGAGCUGUGGGUGCAGAGCGUGCAGGCUCAGAUCCUUGCCAGCUUGCAGGGCUGCCGCAGCGCCAAGGACAAGACGCGCCUGGGGAACCAGAAUGCAGCCCUGGCCGUGCAGGCCGUCCGCACCGUGCGUGGCAACAGCUUCUGUAUCGACUGCGAUGCCCCCAAUCCCGACUGGGCCAGCCUGAACCUGGGUGCCCUGAUGUGUAUCGAGUGCUCAGGAAUCCACCGCCACCUGGGGGCUCACCUGUCCCGCGUCCGCUCCCUGGACCUGGACGAUUGGCCUCCCGAGCUGCUGGCCGUGAUGACCGCCAUUGGCAACACCCUGGCCAACAGUGUCUGGGAGGGGGCUGUGGACGGCUACAUAAAGCCGGGCCCUGAGGCCUGCAGAGAGGAGAAGGAGCGCUGGAUCCGCGCUAAGUACGAGCAGAAGCUCUUCCUGGCCCCGCUGCCCAGCUCAGACGUGCCGCUGGGGCAGCAGCUGCUCCGGGCCGUGGUGGAGGACGACCUGCGGCUGCUGGUGAUGCUGCUGGCCCAUGGGUCCAAGGAGGAGGUGAAUGAGACCUACGGGGACGGCGACGGGCGGACAGCGCUGCAUCUCUCCAGCGCCAUGGCCAACGUGGUCUUCACACAGCUGCUCAUCUGGUAUGGCGUGGACGUCAGGAGCCGGGACGCACGGGGCCUGACACCCCUAGCCUAUGCGCGCCGUGCUGGCAGCCAGGAGUGCGCGGACAUCUUGCUGCAGCAUGGCUGCCCUGGGGAGGGCUGCAGCCUGGCACCCACGCCCAGCAGGGAGCCCCCCAGUGGCCCUGGCGCCUCCGCCGAGCUGCACCGCAGCCCCAGCCUCCUAUGAGGCCCAGGAAGAGAGCGGACAGGUUCGAGGGACUCCGUGGCCUAGGACCUCCCCACAGGUGCUGGGGGAAACAGAGGCACAGAGACAGAGGGCAGGAAGUCAGAGACAGCUGAGGAGAGAGAGGGCUGCCAGAAGUCAGGCCGCUGCAGGCGGGAGAGCGGCAGCCAGCCCUCUGCACUUCGGUGCCCUUGAGGAGGGACAGGACCCUUGAGGUGCCCGUGAGGAGAGGGGGGCAGGACCUCUCCCUCCUCCAGACCCCCGCCCCCUUGUGCUGGCCUGCAAGCCUUCCCUCUGUGCUGGGGAAGGGCCAGGUACAGGAUGGCAGGCGGGGUGAGAGGCCAGGGGCCAGGAGGGCUCCCAUGUAAAAUUUGUACAUUGCAGUAUUUAUGUUUGUGUACAUACUUGAUGUGCGUGUAUGAUGAGCCAAUAAAGCAGACUGUGUGUGGCCUCA